UGGAAACGGUUCGUAUGGAGUGGGACAGAGAGGAUUAAAGUGAAAACUAAAGAUUGCAAGAUACGAGUAAACAAAAACAAGCCUUCAGAAAUAGACCUUCUACACAUUAUAAUGCUUGGAAAGACGCGGAUCGCCUAAAACAUAUGGUUAACUUGACUGUUGGAGGAGUCUAAAGAUUUUUGUUUCGAUCUGGGGUACACGGGAAUUUGGAGCAGCAGUCCUUGUGCUUGAGAUGUGUGCCGCUUUUGUCGGAUGUUUCCGAACUACAGUCUGUUGAGCUGCAAGGCCUCGUUGAGGAGUAUUGAGCCUAAAAAAAGUGGACGCAGUUCAGAUUUGGCUGCAGGAGUUUUCGGAGAGGGCUGCGAGCUCCUGUCGGAUUUAAACCUCGCCUCACCGAAGACAGCCAUGGAAUCGACGGUGGAUGACGAUGCGAUGGAAGCGUGAAUGAGGUUUGGCGUGGCGAGAGCUGAAUGAUGCCCAGAAGUGGGGCUCCUAAGCCACCCCAGCUGGAGGACUUCUCACUCAACCCCGACAUGGUGGAGAAGCAGGCGGGGAAGAAGGAUAAAGAUAAAAUCUCUUCCAACAAGACUCCCAAACUGGAGCGCGGGGAUGGAGGGAAGGAGAUGAAGGAGAAAGCUCCCAAGCGGAAGCUGCCCUUCACCGUCGGAGCCAAUGGAGAGCAGAAGGACUCGGACUCUGAGAAGCACGGUCCGGAGCGGAAGCGGAUGAAGAAGGAGCCCAUGAACAGCAGGAAGCUGGGCCUGGCGUUCGGGGUGGGCGUGCCGGGGAUCCGGGCCGGGUACCCCCUCUCGGAGCGGCAGCAGGUGGCUCUUCUCAUGCAGAUGACGGCCGAGGAGUCGGUGAACAGUCCAGAAACAACGCCAAAGCACCAGUCGAGUCUGGGUCAGAAGGGAACGCCAAACUCCGCCUCAAAAACCAAAGACAAAGUGAACAAGCGCAACGAGCGGGGGGAGACGCGGCUGCACCGGGCCGCCAUCCGCGGCGAGGCGCGGCGCGUGAAGGAGCUCAUCGUCGAGGGCGCCGACGUCAACGUCAAGGACUUCGCAGGCUGGACUGCGCUACACGAGGCCUGUAACCGCGGUUACUACGACGUGGCUAAGCAGCUGCUGGCGGCCGGGGCCGAGGUCAACACCAAGGGCCUGGACGACGACACCCCUCUGCACGACGCGUCCAACAACGGCCACUUCAAGGUGGUGAAGUUGCUGUUGCGUUUUGGAGGGGACCCUCGUCAAAGCAACAGGAGAGGCGAAACGGCACUUAAAGUGGCAAACUCCCCCACCAUGUUGAAUCUCCUACUUGGCAAAGGCACUUAUACAUCUAGUGAGGAGAGUUCUUCAGAAUCGUCAGAGGAAGAGGAUGCCCCUUCGUUUGCCCCAUCCAGCUCUGUUGAUGGCAAUAAUACGGACUCAGAGUUUGAAAAAGGCCUGAAGCUGAAAGGGAAGGGCCUUGACCCUCCUAAAUCCAUGACCACACCCAUAAAGGACGAGUAUGAGUUUGACGAAGAUGACGAGGAGGAGCGGGUGCCUCCCGUCGACGACAAGCACCUGCUCAAGAAGGAAUUUCGCAAGGAGUCUGCCGGCAAGGCCAACAGCUUAAUUUCCAUCCCCAAAAUGGAGGUCAAAACCUAUUCCAAAACCAACUUGCUGACACCAAAGAAGGCCGCAAGGCGCAUCCUGUCUGACACCAACAGCUCGGACGAAGACGGGCAAACCCUGUGUUUCUCCCAGACGCCGGUCGCACGGCAACCGGCCCCGGCGGCUAAUUCCAAGAGCCGGGAGUCCGCUGCCGUGACCUCCAAGCAGCAGAAAGAGAAGAACAAGGUGAAGAAGAAGAGGAAGAAGGAGACGAGAAACAACGCCGGCAAGGAGGUGCGGUUCGGCAAACUCAAUAACAAUAAGUUCUGCACCUCGGAGUCCGAGAGCGGGGACGUGGAGAGCGAGGACGACAAGGCCUCCGUCCAGAACUCCAACUGCACGAAGGACCAGAAGCAAUCGUCCGUAUUCGGAUCGCUCUCCUCCUCCUCCUCUUCGUCACACGGCAGCUCGGGCUCCCAGAAGCUGAUACAGUCGUUGGCGGAGCAGCACCCGAAGCAGUGGAGGACGGACGGCUGGAAGACCGUGUCCUCCCCGACCUGGUCCGAUGUCAGCUCCCUCUCAGACUCGUUCAGGACGCGGGUCUCGAGCGAGUCGGACUACUCGUCGGCGGACUCGAGCGUGGAGUCCGUGAGGGAGGUGAAGAGGAAGCCACAAGAUGGCAAGAAGAAGAACAAUGCCGCGCACGCCAACCUUACGGAGAGGAAGGGCUCCUCGGACUUCUACAAGGCCUCCAACGCUGAAGGGGCGGUCUCGAAGACGGACAGAGACGGCAAAGUUGUGAAAAAGCAUAAGGUGAAGCACAAACACAAAAACAAAGAGAACGAAAAGGCCCCGAGUCUGGUGCUCAACCAGGACAUGAACGAGAAGUUUGUCAAGAGCUUUUCCUUUGAUUUUGAUGACGCUCAGAAGUCCCUCAUCGUGGACUCGACCGAGUCUGCUGCAGAAAACAAAGUCAAGCUCUCAAAGCACGAUAAAGAUCACUUCAAAAAGGAAGAGCGGACGUCCAAGGGCAAGCCGGAGGAGAAAGACUGGCCUUGUGGGAAAGAAUCCAUCAGAACGGCUAAAGAGGAGAAAUCCAAGAAGUCUACCAAGGAAAAGAUGAUCAAGGAGGAGAAGGAUAAAACUUUCAAAGCAGAUAAAGAAAGAAACACCAAGGACAAAGAAAAGCUGAAGGAGGACAAGCAGAAGGCCCACAAGGAUGAGAAAAAGAAAAAAUCCAAGGACAAGUCUUCUAAAGUGGACAAAAGUCAUGAAUUAAAAGAGGAUAAACAUCUAAAAUCUGAGAGAGAGAAAAAUAGUAAGGAGGAGAAAGAAAAGUUUAAAAAAGAAAAAGUCCCCAAAGAUGAGCCCGACUAUGACGACUAUGAUAUCAAGGGUCGUUUUUUAGAUUUGGAUGACAGCAAGCUCUGCGCUUCAGAUGACCCCCAUGACCAUUGGGAGUCCGACCUCUCUUCGAGUUCGUCUCUCUAUGGAGACGACAGCUGGGAUGGGCCUGUGAAGGAAUAUAAAGAAUACAAAGGCAACAACGCUGUCAAACUGGUUGUGGAGACCGUGAAAGAGGAGAGCCGAGAUCGGAGAAAGGACAACAAAGUCAAAGAGAGGAAAAUCGAGCAUAGCGAAAAAGAGAAGAAAGAUACUGCCUCCAAGAAGAAAGAAAAGGACUCAUCAGAAAAAUCUGGUGAAAAGAAAAAGGACUCUGAUAAACAGAAGCCAAACUCCACCUACCUACCAGAAAAGGAGAAGAAAAGGAAAGAGUCUGCAGAAAGCAUCAAGGAGAAAAAAGAGAAGGACUCCAUCGAUGGCAUCCGGGAAAGGAAAGACACUUAUGAGUUCACUAAGGAGAGGAAGGACUCCAAAACGAAGCAAGAUGACAUGCCCAGAGAUGAGUAUGGAAGCGACGCCUUUUUCAAAGACAAAUCUGAGAAUGAGACUGCUGUCAAGUCAUUGGAGUUCAGAGAGAGGAACCACUCUGGGAAGGAGAAGAAGGGAGAGGCUACUGAAAAGGAAAAGAAAGACAAGUCUAAUAAAGCGGACAAACACAAAGAGAAGCCCAAAGACAGGAGUUUCCUGGAUUCUGAGAAGGCCGAGAAAACAUCCACAGAAAAAGCUCCCAAGGAGAAAGAUGGAGACAGGGGCUUCAAGGAUAAAAAGGACGGAACAAAGGACAAGCACAAAGACUCUCACAGUAAAGACAAGGAGAGGAAAAUGUCCUUGGAACAGAGCAAAGACAAGAAGGAGAAGGCGUCCCAGGAUAAGCAUGUGGACAAAGAGAGGGACUUUCUGGAGGCAAAGAAGGAAGAGCGAAAACCUGAGAAGGUGAGGGAGAAGACCUGGUACAAAAUUGAAGACAUCUUCACAGAUGAAAGUGAGGAUGAAGAGGAGGACACAUACACUGGGGGAGUACUUAAACUCAGUGAUUCCCUUGGCCUUUCAGAUCCCCACCACAAAGACUCCACGCCAGAUCCAGACGAGAUGGAGGAGCUCUUCCAAAGUGACAAGCAUAGGAAGUACUCCGCCGACAGCAAGCAGCACUCCACCGAGAAAAUCAAAGAGAAGGAUUACAAAGACAAGAAGAAAGAAAAAACCUUGUUUGAUGGUGGAAAAGAGAGAAAGGGUUCUUUUGAUAAACAUAAAGACAAAAAGGAGAAGGAGUCCGUGGACGGAAAGCAUAAGGACCGCAAAGAGAAGGCGGCUAUUGACUCCAACCAGGAGAAGAAGAGCAAGCAGAAGAUAACUGAGAAGAGACACUCUAGUGAAGAGAAGCAAAAGGGCAAAUAUAAAGACAAGCCUGACAAGGAGUAUUUGAAGGAAAGGAAGCCCUCCAAAGGGAAUGGUGAGAAUGAGAAAUCUCUACUGGAGAAGCUGGAGGAAGAGGCCCUGAAUGACUACAAAGAUGACUUCAACGACAAGAUCAGUGAGAUCUCGUCGGACAGCUUCACAGACCGGGGCCAUGAGCUCAGCAGCUUUUGUGACUCUUCCAUCAGCUUGCCAGACAUCUCGGAAGAGAGGAGGGACUCGCUGUCCAUAUCCUACCCUCAGGACAAGUUCAGAGAAAAGGAACGACACCGGCACUCGUCGUCGUCGUCCUCCAAAAAGAGCCAUGAUAAGGAAAAGGACAAAGUCAAAAAGGAGAAGACCUUUGACAAGCGAGAUAAGUCGGAGGAGAUCAAGGAGAUGUAUAGGCGUAGAGAGAGCCUGCCCUUUGAAAAGGAGACUAUGCCUCUCGAGGCUGACCCCUAUACUUUCCCAUAUGGGUCCAAGCCUGACGGUGAGGAUGAUUUUGACAAGACUCUAGAGUUUGAAAAAGAAAUGUCCAAAAAAUCAGACAAGGAGAAGACUGGAGGCACCGUCACCGCAGAGAAGAUCAAAGACAAAAAGAAAAAAGAGAAACACAAGGAUAAAAUUAAAGAGGAUAAACAUAAAUACACAGAUGGCUUUGGUUCCUUCAAACACUCAAAGGAAGAUCAAAAAUCUGGUCUGAAGGAGAGUCCACAGGUUUCUAUUUUGAAGGAAAAGUCCAAGGAAGAGAGCCCUAAGUUUGACAUCAGAAACAAAGACAGGAGCAAGGACAUUUUGGAGAAGGACACUAGGACCGAUCACACAAAGUCCAGGACAAAGGAGGAGAGCGACAGGUUCACCCAGUCCAGAGACGCACCACGAAAAGACAACCGCCCCCGGGAUAAGCUGCUUGUUGACGGUGUUCACAGAUUGACGAGCUUUGGUAAAAUGCUGUGCGAGAAGGACCUAGAGAUCGAGGAGCGCCACAAAAAGCACAAGGAGAGGAUGAAGCAGAUCGAGAAGCUGAGGCACAGGUCUGGCGACCCCAAACUGAAGGACAAAGCCAAGCCUGGCGAGGACCUGCGCAAGAGCCGCUCUGACUUGACAUCUAAAAAAUUAAAUACCCUCGACACCGUGCUGAAAGAGAAGAAGUCCAAGGACAUCGGGGUUCCAACUCAGAUGAUGUCGCCUGACAGAAAAUCUCUGCCUGCAGAUAACCAGAGCUCUAAAGACUGGCUAGUGGGGCAUCAGAUAAAGGAGAACCUCCCAGCUUCCCCACGGCCGGACCAGAACAGGCCGACCGGUGUGCCCACACCCACGUCUGUGAUCUCUUGCCCCAGUUACGAAGAGGUUAUGCAGACCCCGCGCACUCCUUCCUGCAGUGCGGAGGACUACCCUGACCUUAUGUUCGAUGGCAUAGACUGCCAGAACUCGUCCGCCAUGAGCAUGUCCAUGAACGCUUGCUCUCCGUCCUUCUUUGACAGGUAUUCCAACACGCCUCAAGGGUUUCAGGACAACGCUUGUCUGACCCCCGCAAAGAACCUCCAGAUGCCUGUUCUGAGCCGCUCAGCCUCGGUUGAUGGCAGAAGGCCUUUUGACGAGGAGUUCAAAAUAGACGCUGACAAAUUCCUCAGACAGCAGAGCGUACCGGCCACCUCUGAGGUUGAGUCUUCCUCCGUCCUUCACCCUCUAGAGGACAAGCUGUUGCCAGCGGACAGAUUGGAGUGCCCAUCUCCCUGCUGUUCGCCUCGCGUUGAGAGGCCUUCACCCCAGCUGGAGCCACCUCAGACCACAUUGGAUGAGGCAUCCUCAGUAGUCACUGCUCCAGACAACAGUGAGCACCUUUCUGAGUGUGUCUACAGCAACUUCCUGUCCAAGCCCGCGACUCCGAUGCACAGACUCGACCCUCAGGAGCCUUGUUUGGACAUCGCUGCCCCGCCCACCCCUGCCCCUUCUGCUCUACCCCCUUUAGAUAUCGAUGAGCUUUCUGAACCUCACCAUCCAAUCCAUUUGUCACCACACAGUGAGCACAGCCUCAUCCCCUCAGAUCCCAUGAGUGGCACCAGUUUCCUGCCGUCGGUUGAGGAGGAAAAAUAUGGAGAGGAUGAGGUAGUGGAUGAAGAAGAGGAGGAUGACGAAGGAGAACUGGAGGAGGAGGAGGCGGAGGAGGAGGAGGAGGAAGAGGAAGAGGAGGAUGACCCAGAAGAGGCAGUAGAAAAUGAAGACCAUCUGGCUGAGGGGAUGGACCCCUUUAGGGAUAACAGCCCCUGCGACUCACACCUCCCAGAGCCUGAGAAAAAGGAGUUGGUAGAGUCUCCAGACAGAAGGGAUUUUCAAGACACCCUCUCAGUAACACCCUCCCAUCCCCCUGUGAGCCUAAUGGAGAACUCCCAUGAUCACUCAGUCAGCUGGACUGUCAACUCUGACAUGCUCCUAAAAUCUCCCCUAAGACCAUUUGUGGAAAUGCCGCCGGCCUCAAAAGUCGUGCUCUUACCACACCCAGAAGACCUGCAGCAGCAGCACCACCUUUCUGCCACGUUAGCCUGUCCCCCAACAGCAACUUCACCCUACUCCACCUUCACCAGGGCGUACUGCCCCCCGCAGAUCCCCGAGUCAGACUAUGAAGGGCCAAAAGACCCUGUGGAUGACAUCCCCGCUCCAGCAAAACCUGCUGUGGCGCCUAUACAGUCAGAGCACCGCUUUAUUUCUCCUUCAACCACCCAUCUUGAGUCCUUUUUCACUGACUGCAAGCCCAUGCCUGAGCCUCCAUGUUUGACAACAAGUAGCAGGCAGGACUCCCUCUGCUAUAUUCCAGAGAGCAGCAUCCCCCCACCGGUGAACCUUGAGCCGGUGGUCCCCUGGGUUGAUACUUUUGCCCCUCCGGUGGACGACUUGGAAGACGACUUGGACGCCUUCUCUCUGCCUGACUUGCCCUCACCAGAAAAGGAAAUGCAGGUGCCAGAUGUGACAAACUCGCAACCGCCUGAGGACAAAUGUCCCGCUGAAGUCACAUCUCCCGCGAAGGAGAUGAGAGAGGACCCGGAGCUGUUGGACCUGGACAUGCCCUGCUUAGCCCAGGCCCCAACCUCGCCAGCUGUGGUGCCAUUGAGUGAGCCCCCAAGGGAGCCCGACUUACCUUUGGAGGACGGCUGCAGGUCUCCGCAGGACCUGGAGCCAGAACCAGAACCACAGAAGGUACCAGAAAGUGACUCCAUUGAUGUGGGAACUUCAGAAGAAAAGGUACCGUUUGAGGAAAGUGACAGCCACCCACUGCCGUCUACUGCGGACGACAGCUGUGACCAGGAGCACUUGGUGAUGGGUCUUACAGCGAAGGAGUCAACUGCAGUCGCUGUUGCACCAUGCCCAGACCUGGUGACCCCUGUGGAACUGGACACCAGUCAACAAGCUCCCAUCACCACAACUCCAGCUCAGUGUAGCCCUGUCCACGCUACUCCUCCUGUGACGUCAGUGGUCACCCAGCCCAUUAUAGAGCCCGUUGCAGACUCGAUGGCGCCAAAGGCGGAAGCCACGUCGCCCACCAUUGAGGUUCCCAAAAAGGUGGAGGAGAUCCCUCAAAGAAUGACCAGGAACCGGGCUCAGAUGCUCGCCAACCAGAGCAAGCAGAACACCGCUGUUCUCGCCAGCGUCACAUCGUGUGGCCCUGCUCACAGCACCACCAGCACGCCCGCUGUGGUUACCACUUCUUCCGGCCCUGCGGAGAAAGAGGAGCCCACCGUUACUACCGCCACCACCACCACCACCUCCAGCUCAACCAUCACAGCUCCAGCUGUUGUUGUCAGCAAGAACAAAGGUCGGGCUAGCGAGGAGGACGAGUCGCAGCACCCUCGCAAGAAGAAGUUCCCUCGGUCUGGCCCGCAGCAGGUGCAGGUCCAGCUGGUGAACACGGCCAUGCAGCAGACCCGGGAGAUGAUCCAGCAGACCCUGGCCGUCAUCGUCAACGCCGUCAAGCUGGAUGACAUUGAGCCCUACCACAGCGACCGCUCCAACCCCUACUUUGAGUACCUGCAGAUCCGCAAAAAGAUUGAGGAGAAGCGCAAGAUCCUGUGCUACAUCACCCCUCAGGCCCCGCAGUGCUACGCUGAGUAUGUGACCUACACCGGCUCCUACCUCCUUGAUGGCAAGCCCCUCAGCAAACUGCACAUCCCUGUGAUCGCUCCGCCUCCAUCCUUGACCGAGCCGCUGAAGGAGCUCUUUCGACAGCAGGAGGCAGUGAGGGGGAAGCUGAGACUGCAGCACAGCAUCGAGAGGGAGAAGCUGAUCGUGUCUUGUGAACAGGAAGUCCUGCGGGUCCACUGUCGUGCAGCGAGAACGAUAGCCAAUCAGACGUUCCCCUUCAGCGCGUGCACCAUGCUGCUGGACUCCGAGGUGUACAACAUGCCCUCUGAGAACCAGGGUGACGAGAACAAAUCGGUGAGAGACCGCUUCAACGCCCGUCAGUUCCUUUCCUGGAUCCAAGACGUAGACGACAAGUUCGACCGUAUGAAGACGUGUUUGUUGAUGCGGCAGCAGCACGAGGCAGCUGCGCUGAACGCCGUGCAGAGGAUGGAGUGGCAGCUGAAGGUGCAGGAGCUGGACCCCGCCGGACACAAGUCCCUCUGCGUCAACGAGGUGCCCUCCUUCUACGUGCCCAUGGUCGACGUCAACGACGACUUCGUGCUGCUGCCCGCGUGACAGGGGCGCACGCGCGAAGCCGUCCCGUGUCAACCGUCAAAAAAGACAUCCAACAGACUGUAUGGUAAGGGCUAGCCAGUUUGAAAAGGAAUUAUUCUUUCUUGAAGAAAAACGGAGAAAAAAAGAAAUUCUAUAUUAUAUAUAAAACGGAAAAACUGAAAAAAAAAAAAAUGAAAAAAAACUUGUUUAUGAUUCCCUCCUACGAGAGGAGGAAAUAUCUUUUUACCGGGAAAACACAACUUGCACUUUCAUCCUACAAGUUUUUAAUGCCUUUUCUUUGAGGCUUAGACCCCUCUGUUUGAUUUAGAUUUUUGUUCCCCCCUUUCAAUUUUUUUGGAAAAGGAGUACAUUGAGAUUUUUUCCUUUAUUUUUGGUUACCUAAAAAAAAAAACAACAAAAAAAAAAAAGCAACAGAGGUGGGGGGACAGUCCUCGAUGUGUGUGCGCAUCGGAACCUGGACGGGGUGAGAGAAUUGGGCACCACACCCAUCACCCACACCACCAGCCCCCCCCCCCCCCCCGCGCCCCAUGCUACGGGGGGGGGGGGGGG